CAAGAAAUAUUACCUACUCCACUCGAACUCGUAUUACCUACAACUAUUAUGUUCGUUUUUCAAACUGUGUGCCCUAUCACAGUAGCCCAAGACAACAAAGUCCGAGGUUGAGCGAAGAGCAGCUCAGAAUUCUGGAUCGGAUAUUCGACCGCAUGGUCAGCGGCCAUUACGAUAAGGCUUCUCGAUUGCUUGAUAGGACCAACCAUUCCAUGCACCAGUUUGAGCCGUUCAGCGUGACCAUUCUGCGCAGGACAUUGGAACUGCUCAUUGAUCCGAACUCUGAGCGGCAACGCAGUCUGCCUCCAAUUAGGACCGAAGACCAAGCGAAUACAAGGCUCAACCAGCUGAACCUGGAGGAAAUCAUGCUAGACAGAAUGGGAAUGUCCCCCCAUUCGCUGGACCACAUCUUCGGGGAGGUGGUGGAUAGGAGCAGCGGGGACAUCCUCCGCUGCAUCAAAAGCCAGCGGAGAAUGGAAGAGGUUAUCAAAAACAACAUUAAUGUGUUCCGCCGACACUGCGAAAGGGCCAAGGCGACAAGGGAUGUGAUCGCCAAGUUGGAUGCUACCGAUGGAAUCAACCAUGACAUGGUUGCCCGCUGUGCGCUAAUCAUCUUACUCCUGCUCAUACUGGCAGUCAUGUUUUUGUUUGCGUUAGCCUAGUUGCUAAUUUGUUCGUUUUCGCCUUGGCAUUUAAAAGCCAAAUUGGGUUUACCUAAAAUGCUGUUUGGUGUUCGGCGGAAAUUGCAAUAUAUUUUGUUUCCUCCUUUUA